GACUUGGAUGCCAUUGCUAUAUGCAUUAUACACCAGCUGAAUAUAAGGUCCACAGUUUGCAAUUUAUGGAAUUUGCAGAGGUAGAAAAUCAUGAUGACUUCUACACCACAGAAGAUGCGUACAUUCACGUACAGGAUCAGCGAGGUGUUUAUGUAAUGUAUGAUGUAGCUCUUCAGGAUCUGAAAGAGCUAGAGAUGGAGCUUUUGCUUGUGGCAACACACUACAUUGAAACAGACAAGGACCACACAGCAUGCAGUGAAUCUACUAACAGUGCCUGUUCAGAGUGGGCAUAUGCAUCUGUGGAUCGUUCUGCAAUAUUGCUUGACCUUUGGACCUAUGAAAAAGCUUUCUUAGAAAAUAAAUGGCAGCUUCUGGAUAGCUACUUUGAAGCGUAUCAUAAUGCACUCGAUUCAGAAGAAAGGUUUGCUUUGGCCCAAGUAAUAACUGACAUCAUAUACAAACGCCCUCGGUUUGAUUUCCGCCUUGGAUAUUUUGCGAACAUCUAUAAAGAUGAGUGCACUUGCUUAAGGCUUCACCUACAGCUGGUGAAGGAUGUAUUGAACAAACAGAUAGAUAACCAGCGUAAAUAUAACCAUAAGAUUUGGCGUGAUGGUCCCAAAGGUGGCAUCAGUGAAUAUGGUUUUCCUCCAUAUAUAAUUGCAAAACAAUUAAUUGCUGUGAAUAACAGUCCUUCAGCUUUGAAGAACAUUUAUUUGCUGGAGUUCCACCCCUCCCUUGGCCUGGUAUCUUUAAUCCCAAAAGCUUUGGAUCAUGUCCUCCAGGAAUUCCAGCAAAUCUGUAGGCCAAAAAUUGCCAGUGAUGUAAUUAAUUUGGAGAAAUGUGUACUGCAACUUGCCCUGGAUGCAUGGAUGACAAUGGAAAGUCCAGAGUCUUUUUAUGGCUUUCAGAUUCAAAAAGAUGUAUUCGUGGAUGUUCUGGUUGAAGAUCCCUCUCUUGUAAGAGAGAUUGCUAUGUCAGCGCUGAAAUCCGUAACAGAGGAAGAACUGAAACGGGACAAAGGCAAACAUGUGCAUGUUGUUACUAUUUUCUCAAGGCUGCUGGAACUUCUAACUCUUCGUCAUCGAUUGAUAGAAGCAGCAGUAGAGACUGCACAGUUAGGCAGAAUAUACAAAGAAUUUGCAAGAGGAAUGGGUUUUGAUGAAUUCCAUUUGUACUUAAGGCCUGUGUUCUUUGAAUUUGCAACCUACAAAGAGAAAGCAGAUCAGCUCCCACCAAUAUUUAUUACUUCUCUUCUUGAAGAUGACAGCAGUGUGGAUAGGUAUAUUCCAUCGAGUUUAGUGCUAAGCAUACAAGAUAUUGACAAUCAAAUAGGAAAAUUUAGCUUUCACAGAAGAGAGAGCAUUCUUCAGCUCUUAUUGCACUCUGGAAUCGAAAACUUGCAGAUUUCUCUUGCCUGCCAAGUCACUCAGAAAAAUACACUCCUUGUUGGUGUUCAGCAGGCUGCAUUAUGCCACAUGAUACAUCCCACACAAACUGUAGACAUGAAGGAAGGAAGCCUGAGCCUGAGGAGUCAGAGCAGCUCAGCAAGUGAAAGAAGUUCUACUAUUGGGAAUGAAACAGAGAACCAAUUGCCGGCAACAGCACCACUGAUCUCUUAUUCCCAUCUGCGUUUUGCAACCGGACACUGGAGUUUGAAGAGACCUCCAGAAGCCUUUAUUUCAAUUCAGCUGGAGAAACAAGGUCCACGGGACAGUAUGUUGAACACAUUCAUUCAAAAAACUCAAAUACUGGGAAGUAGAAUGCAAAAUCCAGAUGAAGUUAAUAAAGUCAAGAGAGAAGUUAUCGCUGAAUACUGUCAUAAGGUUACCCAUCGUAUGUCACAAUACUCUCUUCGAAGCCAGAUCAUUGCAUUUUACAACAGUAUAAAAGCUUUGCUAGAAGAUCUCCCCAGUGUGAGAGACAAAUACUUCAUUAUAGGAUUACCACAAGAGAAGAAAGGGGAGAAGGAAAAACCUGAGAAUGAUCCCAGGUCAUUCCAUUCACGACCCCGUUGUUUGCUGUCUGCUGAUGGGCGAUCCUUUUUGAACCUGUGGUUCAUCCCCCACACCUCCGAAAUACUAUUUAUGUUUAAAAUGCUGCCAGAGAAGACUGGCUACAGGGCCCUGAGACUGACACUGCAAAUAGUGGCAGCUUUUCACGACAUCGUUUCAUACAUUUUCAGCUUUGCUCAACUAGGAAGUGUUCCAGGCUGCUUUGAUUACUUUUGUCCUGAACAUUUAACUGCAGACUGGGGAGGAACUGAACAGAUUGGAAUGGAACUCCAAGAGCUACAGAAAAUGAUAGAUAACCUACACAAUCCCUCAGAUCCUAACAAAGUAGCCCAGAUGCUGAGCUUGCACAGAGAAAUUCUUUUUCUGCAAUUUGAUGCGGCUGUUAGACAUUCCAUGAGAAAAGCAUUUUUGUCAUCUGGAAAUGUUUCUGCCUAUCAGAGUGUUACAGACAACAUCUACCAUGGGUUACCUCCCCUAAGUAACUCAGUUGUUAGAAGUGUCUUUGCUUCUCAGCUCCUGCUUCCGCAACUGCUAGAUCCAUAUGGUCACAGAACCCUGUUGUUGUUUCCCUGGAGAACAUUCCUAGCCAAUGGAGGUCCAUUUCCCGUCACCAUCAGCAAUCUAAACCCCUUAAAUAAUAACAUGCAGUUAUGUCUGUGCGGUCUAAAUGAUGAGGAUCGAAGAGUUGUCCAUGGGGAGCUUGUUGGGAUGCACUUUGAAAUGGAGGACGUACCUGGGAACAAUUACGGAGUUCUGGAUGAUCACAGUAAAUGGAGAACCUUUGGGGGAAAGCAGAGUUCAAGAGCACCUGCUGAAAUAAGUGGAGAUUCUUCUGGAGCACCACUGGAGCUGCCUGAUUCACUGGCCUCAUGUGCCUUGUUGAAAUCUUAUUUGAUAUUAUGGAAACAAUUAGAAGUAUCCAAGACAGAAUGGGGAAGACUCAAGCUGAAGGCUGAUGAUAUCAACACAGUUCCUUUACACAAGCAAUUUUCUGAAAUAUACAAUGCUGAAAUUCUUUACCCUGCUAUAAGAUCUGUAGCCAUACAUAUGGGUCUAGAAGAUGAAUUUGAAGGAUUUGGUACUACGUCGCAGUAUAUAUUCCCUUUUAAAGAUGCUUCGGAAGUUGAGCUCAAAACACAUCAGCUUCAAAAGCUGCUGGAAAGUCUAGAAAUACAUAUGAUCCAUGACGUGCAAAAGAAAAUAAACAAAGAGAUGACAUUGGUUAUAUCUGAAAAAGCAAGAGAAGAGAGAAAUCUUCCUACUGAACUCUGGAAGCAUUGCAGCAUGCAAGAAAACUUCUCAGUUGCGAGGCCAGAAAUAGUUGAGUCAUUUAUACAGAGGCUAAUGGAAAAUCACCAAGAAACUGAUGCAGAGAUCAUUAUUGGAAAAGACCACCUACAAAGAUGCCUCACUGCUCUAGGUUGUGACAUCAUGGCCAGAGAACGCAGCAACUUUGAGACCUAUUCCAUGUUCUAUGAAAAUAUCCUCCAGCAGCAGCAGCAGCUAUUGUAUCAAAAAGAACAAGAAAUACAUGCAACAGAAGACAAAGGAGGAAAUGCUGAGCUGGGGCUUAGUCAGGUAGCAGACCUGAGCCAUGAAAUGAUCAUGGAAAUAAUAGCUCUGAGAGCCAGAUUUGCUGAUCUACAAAGAGAUGAUUACAGCUUCAAACAGCAAAUAAGAACAGAAGUGCAAGAGGAUUAUAACGCAUUAGUGCAGAAUUUAUUUGUGAUGUGCUUGCAACUGAAAGGGAAACUAGAUGAGUAUCGCUUAAGCAUCAGUCAACACAUGUUUGAGAUCAUCAGUGAGGUGAGGAGAGAUGGAGUGGACAAAAUGAUCGACCUGAAGAAGAAGUUUGGCUCCACUAAAGACAACAGUGGGCUCAAAGACCAUUUGGCUCAACAGGGGCAACUGCAAGAGCUCAGGGAUGAAAGCAGCCGUUUGGGGGAGUUGGUAUGCAAACUGAAGACCAUGUGCUGCUGGAAAAAAGCAGUCCAAAAAGCACAAUUGUCUGCCUCCUUGAGAGAGAUGGAGAAGGAGGCCAUUCAAAACAAAAAACAGUGUCUGAAAUUCAAGAUGAUGGCAGAACAGGAGUCUGUUUUAUUUCGUCAGCAAUUGAAGGCUGCAAGGAAAGCUUUGGCACAGUCUCAGGCAGAGAAUAAAAGGCUGAAGCAACAGCUCGACAAACAGGAACUCUUGCUACAAGAGGCAGAGCACAGGAUGAAUCAAGAAGUCCACAGAAAGCACAAAGUCGAUCAGAUUAAGACAGAGAACUUGGAAAGGAUGCUAGAGGAUCUUGGAGAGAGAAAACUGAGAUUGCAGUGCCUGUCAGCAGAAGCUGAGAAAUCCUCAAAGAUAAGGCAGCUUCAAGAAAAAAAAGUGAAAAAAGAAAUCCACCAAAUAAGAAGCCAGCUGGCACAGGAGCGCAGUUUAAAACUGGAUGCCUUCCAGAGAGUAAAUGAGCUUCAGAGUCACCUUUAUGACAUGGAAACUACAUCAUCCCAGAGAAAUUUCUCAGCAAGCUCUGCUUCAUGGAGUCAGAACACAGGAAUAUCAAUGUCCACACUAACCAGGGAUUUCAAGCAGCACUUUUUGACUGACUCUAUGCGUAACAGCAACAAAGCUCCAGAAAAGAGUCAACGUCCUAAGACGGUACCCAGAAGCUGGAGAAACAGAUUAGUAGAUGCUGUCUUGCCAGAUCUUAUAGAAAAGUCUCAUUCUACCCUAUCUGUGCAGUUUGGUGAACAGGGGGGACCUCAGCAUUGUUUACCAGGGCAGCCACAUCAGUAAGUAGCAUGUGUUCCAGAUGUAUACUCCGUAUUGCUGAGAACUGCAAAAAGAAUCUGUAGUUACACAACCUGAUAAAGUAUUUUCGACCCUUACCCCAUUUUUUCUACUGGGUUUAAAUGAAAUCUGCCAAGUAAUAAAACUUAUGACCUACCAGAGUAUACAUUGAGUGCAACUCUUCACUGGAUGCAGAGGCUCCUUUCACGAAGGUUGCGCAGAACUGCACCAACCUAUGGUACAACAUGAUGUUUAUCAUGUUUCCCCUCAGGCUUGCAGUAACCCAAGCCACAUAUAAACAAGUCAUGCUUACUAAGAUCAAGGCCUGAGCUGCUCACGACUUUCAAAAACAGAGAUCAAGAAACCAGUCAGCAGAUAAGAAUUAGGCUAGCAUACUCACCCUUCCUGUAUACAGUACCUUUAACCUACACAAAGAGAGCAAGACUGUGUUUUUCGCUUCCAAAGAAAAAUUACACUCAAAAAUAUUUUUGAAACUAAAUUCUUAUAGCUUAUCUGUAACAGUAAAAUGGAGGUAGUUAAUUUGUUUCUCAGUUUCAAGCUACAAAUUGUAAAAUUACCCAAAUUGAUAGUAGAUGGAGCUGCUUUAAGUCAGCUGUGUCUUGACAGGAAAGGAAGAUAGGCAGACUGACUGAGUCAGGGACAAACC